AUGUAAUUAUUAAAACUUAAUCAAUUUCAGCCACUCUCCUAAGUAGAUAAACCCAUUCCUGGCAAUAUUGUUAUCUCCUUACAAUUAGCUUCCAAUUAUGUGACAUUUAAGUCUUUGUAAGUGUCAUUAUUUAGCUUAUGAAGUGCUCUAAAAUACAGUGACGAUUGUUAACAUUAUUACAUCAAUUUUCUACUUAAUUACUAUGAAACUUUCUAUACAAAGGACAAUAGUUAUCAUCUUGAGUUUCAAAUGUGCUAUUUUGAAUUACUACCUUAAUUUGAUCGAAUCAAAAAUAUUCCUAUUCAGAGAGGUUAUAAAUUAAAGAAUCUCAAAGAAAAUUUCAAUAUUAAAUCAAUCAUCGAUCAAAUCAUAGCUAUCACGACCUACAAAGAUAUGUACUUUUUGUACAUUAUACAUUUCUCAACUAGAAAAUGUUAUAUAUUGGAUCCUUAGACAAAUCCUUAAAGCAGGUUUAGUGAUCAUGAAAUAGUUACAAAGACUAUUUUAUAAUAUUUUGAAAAGAUUUAUCCUGUUGAAUGUUGCUUAUUAAAAGAAAUUAAAUAGGAUGCUACAGCUUUAAUUAGAUCUGCAUUAAUUCUUGAUUUCAUUUAUAAAUAUAUGGAUGAAAGUAAUAAUGUAGAGAAGAUUGAAAAUAUAAAAAUUAGAUCAUCAAGUGCUAAAGAAUUAUUAGAGAAAAUCAAAUGGUUUAUUUAGAAAUGUUAUCAUGAAAAUAUUUACAUCACUAAUUAAUAGAGAUAAUAACCAAAAUUGAUGGAUAAACUAUUAAGUUAUGAUGAAUGGAAAUAAUCAAUUAAUUCUAAUUCUUUUGAUAAAGUAAAUAAAAUAAAGAAUGAAUUCAAAUCUAGAAAUGAAUCUAUCAUUAAAUUUAAUUAACCAACAAGUCCUGAUAGUUCUAUUAGUAUUCUAUCAUUAAUGGGUUAAAACUAAUUGAAUUAAUCAUUAAGUAGUUCAAAAUCUGACAUUUCAAUAAAUGCUUAAUCUUUUAUGAAAUAGUAGAUGUAUAAUUAAGAAAUUCCAAAAAGAGAUUAUAGAGUAAAUGAAGAAGUAAUCACAAAAUAAGAAUUUGAAAUUUUAUUGAGAGAAGCAAAGUAAUAGAUUAGAUAGGAAGUAUUGGAAGAACUUAAACGAGAAUAGGAUGAAAAGAUGUAAUAAUAUGAAUUGAAAUUAUAAACAAAGUAUAAUCCUUUGGAUGAAUAAAUAGCAUAAGAAUAUCUCACAUAAGUUAAGUAUUAGAGAUAUAAGGAAUAUUUAGAUUAUUUAAUGGAAUAUUAUUAUAAUAAUGAUAGAGGAGAGUAUUAAAAUUUAAUAGAGUAAUAUAAUUAAAGGCUUAAAGAUACUGCUCUUAAUGGAAUGGUAGAAGUUUAAAAAUAAGAAAUAUUAAAAUUAUAAGCCAUUACUAAAAAAAAGGUUUUAGAAUAAAAUCAAUAGUUAGAGAUUGCUUUAUAUAAUUAAAAAAAGGAGCUCUAAGAUAUUAUACCUAUAAAAAAUAAAUUAUAAGAGAAGAAAGAAGAUUAUUAAAGAUUUUAAAUUUAAAAUAAUAAACAUGAAUAUAAAUUUCAAUUUGCAAAUGUUAAUUUGAAUAUUGAUCCAUUUGAAUUCAAAACAGAUUAAUAAGUUGAUCAAAUUAGAAACCAAAGAACAAUUAUUGAUGAUUUAGAUUUAUCUAGAAGUGAAAUCCAAGAAAUACAAAAUGCUUGGAAAUUUGAAACUUCCAAAAGUAAUCUCUCAAGAUCAUCAAUUUAUAAUUAUGAUGAAGAACUUGAAAAACUCUAAAAGAUGUAUUAAAAUAAAAAUAAAUAAGAACCUUAUCAAUCUAAUCGAUAAUCUAAUAGAGUUUCUUCACUUUAAUCUAAUCCUUAAGUAUAAUCUUAAGUUUAUUCAAAUUAAGUAUUUUCUAAUAAAGAUCCAACUUCUUAACGUAAUUUAAAAAAUAUUGAUCCUGCAUCUAAAUAAUAAUCUAAAUUCGAUCCCACAAGUAAGAGGAAUUUAGAUCUCUCAAAUCCUUAAUCAGAAAUAUAUUCCCAAUAAUAGAUUGAUUAAAGUUAAAGAAAUUUAGAAAGAUCUAUUAGAUAACCAUCAAAAUUCGGUUCUUUAUCUUAGAUUGAAUAAAAUCAAGAAUAAUAGAAGUGA